GUAUAUUUUGGCACUGGUCAUGCACGCAUUUACUUGGCUGGAAAUUGUUUGCGGUUCAUUUGCUCGACUGGUAUGUCAUCGUUGAUGCGCAAAAGUGCAUUGGAGGAGGCGGGUGGUUUCGAACGGUUUGGCGCAUUCCUGGCUGAGGAUUACUUCUUUGGAGUGGCUUUCGCGAAGAGAUUUCGAUGGUUCAUACCAGUAUAUUGUAGAGGAUGGAGGAGUGUUAUUUCAAGUUUGCCAGCGCUGCAAAAUGGUGCGAGACCUGACCCGAAAAAAUUCCGUGAACGCAUUUGC